AUGUCGUCCAUGAAUGGCGCAACUAGAAGCUAUUCAAAGAAGGGCAAAGAGAAAGCAGAAGUGCAGCUCUCAUCUAUUGUAAUCUACAGUGAACAGCCAAAAAUCGAACGGCAACCCAUGUCGUCCAUGAAUGGCGCAACUACAAGCCAUUCGAAGAAGGGCAAAGAGAAAGCAGCAGUAGUGCCAGAAGUGGGUUUGCCAGAAGUAAUCACUUUUACGAGCCGUCGUAUCAAAGAGAAGAUGGAAAAUAACGAAAAAAUAAGAAAUUUCGAUUUCUUCUCACCCACGCGACUUCCUUAUACGAUCAGGGGUAUCUGUUCAAGGAAUGUGGAGCCUGAGAUUGUAUCAAUUGGUCCUCUCUAUAGAAAGAAAAGCGACCAUCUACUUCGGUUCGAAGAAUACAAAUGGUUCUUUCUUGCUAAGUUCCUUCGCCGGUGUGGGAGAGGCCGAAGAGACCUGGAGCGCCUUCUUUUGGAAAUGCAGAGUUUAGAAGCUCGUACCAGAAAUUUUUACUCAGAUCAUGAGGGGAUCUCCGAGAUGCCAAGUCAAGACUUGAUUCAGCUGAUGUUGCUUGAUGGCUCCUUUCUCAUUGAGCUCUUGUGCUAUCCCGGCCGAGACGAAAGUCUCGAAGUCCCUGGUGAUCUCAUUCUCGUUCGGCCAUUGUUGAUUCCCGUUCUCGCUAGGGAUGUUCUUAGACUUAGGAAUCAACUUCCUUUGUUCGUUCUCACGUCAUUGUUCGGUCAAUCUAAGGAAAAAUUUAUGAAGCUUGCCUUAGAAUUCUUCAAUCUUUCCUGGAGAGGACCCCAAAUGAGCUUACCGUCCGAACUUCCUGAUUGCAGUCAUUUGCUGGAAUUAUUUUACUGGAGUUCAGUUAAACCGCUUUCAGUCAACCAUGGCGACGAUCGGACGUAUGCACCUACACAUUCCAUGCAAUGCGUAAGGGAACUGAAGUCAUCAGGAAUCAAGUUCAUGGGAAGAGAAGAAGCUAAAACCUUUCUGAAUAUAAAAUACAAGAACCGGAUUCUUCAAAUUCCAGCUACCACAUUCGACGAACUGAUGAAUACCGUGCUCAUAAAUUGUGUGGCCUUGGAACAGUCUCGAGAACGGCACAUCAAGUAUUUCUGUAACUACGUCUCUUUCUUUUCUUGUCUCAUCAGCCAACCAAGAGACGUCUCGUCCCUUUCUUUCGAUGGAAUCAUCUCAAAAUUUUCCGACGAUGACAGAUACAUUGCAGAUUUCUUCAAAGAUCUUGGAAGAAAUACCCAGGGUGUCAGAAGUAGUUAUCUUUCUGAUGAAAUCAACAAUAUUGAGACCUAUUACAAUAGCGACUGGGCAAGUUUAAUGCGCAAUCAUUUCACCAAUAAAUGGAAAGCCCUCCAAGUCUUGGUUUCCUCUCUCUUCUUGGUGCUUACCUUCAUUCAAGUUCUCAUGUCAGUUCUGAGUUACAUCCAUGACUUGAAAUAA